AUGGCUUUCCCAAGGCCUAAACCCACUACUGAGCGCGCCAACCCUCCCUUCAACGUCCGCAAGCUCGCUGCCACGAUGCAGGGCUCGGAGAAGUCGCUCAAGCUCAAGGAGAAGUUUAUGGCCGAGAUCGCGCGCCACCCGGCUUUCCGCAACAACGACAUUCACGACCUGACCAAGGACGAGGUUCGCGAGCGCACCGCCGAGAAGUUCGCUUCUAUGGUCUACUUCUUCACUUCCGAGUCGAUCGAGGCCUUCCAGGAGCGCAUGGCCCUCAUCUCCAUCGCUGACCCUGCGUUCUGGACGCGUUUCGGUGUCCACUUCGGUCUCUUCCUCGGCGCCCUCCGCUCGAAUGCUACCCCUAACCAGCUUUCGUACUGGAUUGAGAAGGGAGCUCUCGGCCUCAACGGCGUCAUCGGAUGCUUCGCCAUGACUGAGCUUGCCCACGGCUCCAACGUCGCUGGUCUCGAAACCGAGGCCGUCUACGACCACAACUCUGACGAGUUCGUCAUCCACACCCCUCACCUCGGUGCCACCAAGUGGUGGAUCGGCGGUGCCGCCUCUACCUGUACCCACGCCGCCGUGUUCGCUCAGCUCAUUAUCGAUGGCAAGAAGCACGGUGUCAAGACUUUUGUCGUCCAGCUCCGCGACACUGAGACCUUCCGCCUUCUUCCCGGUGUCACUAUCGGCGACAUCGGUAAGAAGAUGGGCCGCGACGGUAUCGACAACGGUUACAUCCAGUUCACCUACGUCCGCGUUCCCCGCGCUCAUAUGCUCAUGAAGUACACCCAGGUCUCGCGCAAGGGUGAGGUCACUGAGCCUCCUCUCGCCCAGCUCACCUACGGUGCUCUUCUCGGUGGCCGUACCUCGAUGGUCGCCGACUCGUCGAACACUGCCAAGAAGGCGCUCACCAUUGCCGUCCGCUACGCCGCCGUUCGUCGCCAGUUCGCUUCCGAGGGCAAGGCUGUUGAGACUCAGCUCCUCGACUACCCCAUCCACCAGCGUCGUCUGCUUCCCUUCGUCGCUCAGGCCAUUGCCAUCGGUUUCACCGGCCAGAAGCUCAACGCCAUGUACACGGACAUGACCGAGUCGCUCGAGCGUCUGGAGCCCGGAGACCCCUCGCUCAUGGAGACGAUCGAGAAGCUCAAGGAGACGCACGCGACCUCUGCCGGUCUCAAGGCGUUCUGCACCUGGGCGUGUCUCGACACGAUCGAGAAGUCGCGCCAGACCCUCGGUGGCCACGGCUACUCUGCCUACUCCAACCUUCCCGCCAUGUACGCCGACUUUGCCGUCCAGUGCACGUGGGAGGGUGACAACACCAUUCUCGCUCUUCAGGCUGGACGUGCUCUCGUCAGCGCCUACUCUGCCGCUGUUUCGGGCAAGAAGGUCGCCCCUGGCGUCGCCUACCUCGCGGACCCUAAGACGCUCUCUGCCAAGAGCGACGGCUCGUUCUCGCUCGCCGACAUCCAGAAGGCUUGGGAGUGCGUCGCCGCCAACGCCGUCAAGCGCGCUGCUGCCGAGUACGCGCUCUUCCGCAAGGAGGGCAUGAACAAGCACGACGCCAUGGAACGCUGCUCGCAGGCCCGUUUCAUUGCCGCCAAGCUGCACACCACCGGCUACAUCUUCAAGAUGUUCCGUGCCGCCGUCGAGGAGAUGGAGGCAUCGCCCGAGACGGACGUCCUCCGCACGAUUGCGCACCUCUACGGCCUGUGGCAGAUCGAGGAGCUCCAGGGCCCCUUCCUGAAGUACGGCUACCUCACUGGCGAGCAGAUCGACUCGAUCUCGCUCAAGGUCAACGACCUCUGCCUCGAGGUGCGCCAGUACGCUGUGCCGCUGAUCGACUCGUUCGCGCUCUCGGACCACAUCAUCAACUCGCCCCUCGGCAAGUGGGACGGCGCCAUCUAUGAGGCCUACUUUGCCCAGGUCCAGGCCUCCAACCCCCUUCCGAAGGAGCACCCGUACUUCACGCGCCUCAUCAAGCCGCUCCUCGACCGCCAGCCCGGCGACCUCGAGGACGCCGGCGAGGAGAUGGGCCUCGACGACGAGAUCACCUCGCUCGCCGAGGCGAGCAAGCAGGCCAUCAAGGCCGCCAAGGCGGCCAAGGCGGCUAAGAAGCAGCAGAAGUAA